AUGACCCAGAGCCAGGCUGUAUCGGGGCGGUCCGUUCCGCUCUCAGACCCGCCCACGCACGCAGGUCUCAUGCACGACUCCGGCCCGAGCUCCUCGCGCUGUCUGAUUUACCACUGCGCCUCCGUGUCGGGUUCUGUCCGCGCACUGCGCAGCCUGGCCUGCAGCCGGGAAGACACGCCCCCCAGCCGGGAGGGAACGCCUCCAAGCCGGGAGGAUACGCCCCCCUCUCCCCUGCUGCCUUCUCAUUGGCUGCAAACCCAGGACCUGCUGAUCCUCUACGAGCCCGAGGCCGCGCAGUGGGCCUCCUACCUCCACUCCGUCUUCACCGACCAGCUGCCCCACGACGCCAUCCGCCUCUUCGACAUCGCCACGGUGACCGCCGGCCAGCUCCACGACCCCCUGGCGCUUGCCCGGUACCGCUGCAAGCUGCUGGUCCUGACCCCCGCCCUGGUGGAGCAGGUACAGCAGGACGGUGGCGGCGGGGGGCGCCCGUGCCGCGUGCGGCGCUUCUUCCUGUGCCGCGUCCUGACGCCGGCGGCCAGCGUGGUGGUGCUGCUGUGCGGGCUGGAGGGCCUGGCCCCCCUGCUGGGCCUGGUGCCCCUGCAGGCCGACCGCUGCCUGGUGGUGUCCACGGAGCAGGGCCCCGAGGAGUACCUGGACGCCGUCGUCAGGGUGGUGUGGGGGGAGGCGGGGAGGAGGGGCUCGCGGGGGCCCGCCCCCGACGGACAGGCGGGGGAGGGGACCAAUGACGCGCCGAGCGUUGUAACCACGCCCCCCAGGCCCGAGACCGGGGUCACAGGUUCCGCGCGGGACCCCGGACCCCCCCACGGCCUUCGGGUGGUCCCGCUCAGAGUUCCCUGUGGGGUACUUUACUGUAUGUCGCUUUGGAUAAAAGAAUGUAAAUGUAGUGUUAAGGUAAACGUAAAUGUGAGGUCUCCGGGGGCCAGAGAGCUGUUGCCUCCUCCAGCCCCCGUGCGCUGCCCAGGUGGUACAGAGUGUUUGUCUGCGCAGGGCUCCGGGGAGAUGUUUGUUCUGCUCAGAGAUAAGGCGGCGGCGGCGGCGGCGGCGGCGGGCGGCGGCGACGUGGAGCUGGAGUUCACCCACCGCCACGGCCACAGCGUGAGAGUGAGGCCCGAGCGCUGGAACCAACACGUGCUGCUGGUCCAGCCCCCUCCAGACUUCCCCAGUGGGAGGGUGGCCGUGACACUGUACUGCGGUGCGUGUGCUGUGGACACCGCCCACGUCACGUACUACACCCCGCUGGACGACAUUGGCCAGCUGCUGACCCAGGCCGCCGACCCCGUGGACUUCAUGUGUCAGGCCCUGCGGGUGUCCUCCCUGGAGGAGCUGGAUCAGAAGCUGUCCUCUCUCGUGACGGAGGGGCUGCCCUCCGGGGGGCUACAGCAGCUGGGCCUGCUGUGCGAUGACACGCCCCUGGAAGGUAGGGGCUCCAGCUGGUGUUACUGUGGCCCCCAGCCCGGGGCCCUCCCCACGCUGCUCCACUUGGCGGCGCAGUACGGGCUGAGGGCCCUGUGUGGUCUGCUGCUGCAGGUCCCAGGGGCCCCGCAGGCCCUCGCCACCGCCAACCGCCACGGCCAGACCCCCGGGGCCCUCGCACGGAGCCACGGCCACGCGGAGCUCAGCCGCCUGCUGAGGGGGGCGCUGAUUAUACACUGUUUAAAGGGAAGGGGGGGAAGCCUGUCGACACCCCUUAACAUCACCUGGAGAAUGGGAUCAUGGAUCCACGUUGAUGCCGAUGAUCUCAUGCCAGCGGUUCCGUUUUUACCCAUCAUGCACCAGGGCGAGGGGCGCGCGGACGACGGCGUCUACGGACGGAUGAGCGCCGCAGUGUCUGCUAUCCCCCGCGACGACGAAGAAGACGAAGAGGAGGAGGAGGACGAAGAGGACCCCUACACCCUGGUGGGCACGGACGACUCGGAGUUCGACAACACCGCCCCCCCCGGCGUCGUCAUGCCGAUGGCGGCCCCAUUGGCCCACCGCGCUCCUGCGUCUACGCCCCGGCCCGACACCACCACCAGCGCCGCCGCCGGCUCCUCCUUCAUCGCCCAAGUUUUCAAGAACAAGACCUACAAAGGAAAUGCUGACCUGUCGAAUUACCCCCUUGAGGGACAAGGCCAUAAGGCCAGCCUGGGGCCCCCGGGCUACGAUGCCUUCGUCCUGGGGUCGGAGGGGCUCCUGGGGGCCCCGGGGUCGGCGGCGGGGGGGCUGGACGGGCCCCUGGGCCAGCUCCCCGGGCGCGUGAGACGGGGGUCCCUCACCGCGGAGCGGGCCCUGGAGAUGACCCGGGAGUGGCAGCGGCUGCACUGCACCGGGCUGGACCUCCAGCAGCUGGAGAGGCUGAACCGUCUGCGGGCCAACGUCAUCAGCUGCCGGCCGGACGGAGACAGAGAGAACAUCUACGAUACAUUAAACGCCGUCCAGCCCACCAAGCUUGCCAGUGCAGGCCAUAAAGACAGCCAGCCAGGAGAGUUCUACAGCCAGCCCCACAAAGGACCCCAUUCAAACCCCGUCUGGAGGGCGGAGAAGCGCUGAAGGUGAAGAAGUGGUGAAGGGGAGCGCUGACGGAGCACGUCGGUGAACGUUCGUUUGGGAUCUCUGUUUGAGACUCGAGUUUUAUUUGAUAAAUUAUUCUUUUAUUGAAUGGGUUUUAUUUUUACAGGUAAAGCUGAAGAACUCCCCUGUUUAGCCUGUUCUUCAAUUCCGUUGUGUUUGAAUUCCGUUGUGUGGUCAAUGAAAAUACUUUUUUUUUUUUUUUUUUUCAAAACAAACUUGAUUGUGCAUCUGUAGGCCUAGUGCCUUUCCUGUUCUCUAUCAAUACUUAAACUCACAUUUUUGACAUUCUUUAUUAUAAUAUUUUUAAAAUAUUAAAUUAUUGAAUAUAAAAGUUGUGUUGUUUUUUCUGAAUACACGAUAGCACAACUCGUUAACCGGUCUUCUUUAAAUGAUCAAAGGGAAUUAUAAAGCGUUGUGUAAAAUAGUUCACACGGA